AGGCUCUGGGGCCCUACGGCCGCGGCUCUUUUGUUUCCCGGCCGGAGCGGGAGUCUGAGCCCCAGUCGGAACCGGGUCGAAGCCCCAGUCAGAACCGGGUCGUAGACUGAGUCAGAACCGGGUCGGAUAGGAGUGGGGUCGGGAUCAGCGGCCGGGCAGGGACUGGGCCUGGCCUGCCCGAUGGCGCGCGCCCCCAGCCCGCCGCCCCCGGCCCGCGCCACCGCCUGAGCCCGGCCCACCCGCCCGGCCCGCCCGGCUCGCGCCAUGGAGCCGGGCCGCGGCGGCCUGGAGACCGUGGGCAAGUUCGAGUUCUCGCGCAAGGACCUGAUCGGGCACGGCGCCUUCGCAGUGGUCUUCAAGGGGCGCCAUCGGGAGAAGCACGACCUGGAGGUCGCGGUCAAGUGCAUUAACAAGAAGAACCUCGCCAAGUCCCAGACGCUGCUGGGGAAGGAAAUCAAGAUCCUCAAGGAAUUGAAACAUGAAAACAUCGUGGCUUUGUACGACUUCCAGGAAAUGGCCAAUUCUGUCUACCUGGUCAUGGAGUACUGUAACGGCGGGGAUCUAGCUGACUAUCUACACACCAUGAGGACACUGAGCGAGGACACCAUCCGGCUCUUCCUGCAGCAGAUUGCGGGGGCCAUGCGGCUUCUGCACAGCAAGGGCAUUAUCCAUCGCGACCUAAAGCCCCAGAACAUCCUGUUGUCCAACCCCGGCGGGCGCCGCGCCAACCCUAACAACAUCCGUGUGAAGAUUGCCGACUUCGGCUUUGCCCGGUACCUGCAGAGCAACAUGAUGGCGGCCACGCUGUGCGGCUCCCCCAUGUACAUGGCCCCGGAAGUCAUCAUGUCGCAGCACUACGACGGGAAGGCGGACCUCUGGAGCAUCGGCACCAUCGUGUACCAGUGCCUGACGGGGAAGGCGCCUUUCCAGGCCAGCAGCCCCCAGGACCUCCGCCUCUUCUAUGAGAAGAACAAGACCCUAGUGCCCAUCAUCCCACGGGAGACCUCGGCCCCCCUGAGGCAGCUGCUCCUGGCCCUGCUGCAGAGGAACCACAGGGACCGCAUGGACUUUGAUGAGUUUUUCCAUCACCCUUUCCUUGAUGCCAGCGCCUCUGUGAAGAAGUCCCCGCCUGUGCCUGUGCCCUCGUACCCCAGCUCGGGCUCCGGCAGCAGCUCCAGCAGCAGCUCCACCUCGCACCUGGCCUCCCCACCGUCCCUGGGGGAAGUGCAGCAGCAGCUACAGAAGACGCUGACCUCCCCGGCCGACGCCGCCGGCUUCCUGCAGGGUUCCCGGGACUCAGGUGGCAGUAGCAAGGACUCAUCCUGUGACACUGAUGACUUCGUCAUGGUCCCGGCCCAGUUUCCAGGUGACCUGAUGGCCGAAGCAGCCAGUGGCAAGCCCCCGCCGGACAGCCUGAUGUGCAGCGGGAGCUCGCUGGUGGCCUCAGCCGGCUUGGAGAGCCGCGGCCGGACCCCAUCUCCGUCCCCGCCCUGCAGCAGCUCCCCCAGCCCGUCAGGGCGGGCCGGCCCGUUUUCCAGCAGCAGGUGUGGCGCGUCCGUCCCCAUCCCAGUGCCCACGCAGGUGCAUAACUACCAGCGCAUCGAGCAGAACCUGCAGUCGCCCACCCAGUACCAGACCCCACGGUCCUCUGCCAUCCGCAGGUCGGGCAGCACCAGCCCCCUGGGCUUUGCACGGGCCAGUCCGUCACCCCCAUCCCAUGCCGAGCAUGGCGCCACCCUGGCCAGGAAGCUCUCCCUGGGCGGGGGCCGGCCCUACACACCGUCUCCACAAGUUGGAACUAUCCCCGAGCGGCUGGGCUGGAGCGGGGUGCCCUGUCCUCAAGGAGCUGAGAUGCGGGCUGGCAGGUCCCCUCGUCCAGGUUCCUCCGUGCCUGAGCACGCGCCCCUCACCACUGGGCUAGGCUGCCGUCUGCACAGCGCCCCCAACCUGUCUGACCUGCAUGUCGUUCGCCCCAAGCUGCCCAAGCCCCCGACGGACCCACUGGGGGCUGCAUUUGGCCACCCGCAGGCCAGCCCCCCUCAGCCGUCCCACGGGUCCCACGGGCUGCCGUCCUGCCGGCUGCUGCGUGGCUCGCCUAAGCUGCCCGACUUUCUGCAGCGGAACCCCCUGCCCCCAAUCCUGGGCUCCCCCACCAAGGCCAGGCCUGCAUGUGACUUCCCCAAGACCCCCAGCUCCCAGAGCUUGCUGAGCCUCCUGGCCCGGCAGGGCGUGGUCAUGACGCCCCCUCGGAACCGCACGCUGCCCGAUCUCUCUGAGGCGGGUCCCUUCCAGGGGCAGCAGCUGAGCCCUGGCCUGCGGCCCCCGGAGGACACCAAGGGCCCCUUUGGCAGGUCCCUCAGCACUGGCCGCCUCACCGACCUGCUCCUUAAGGCCGCGUUUGGGACACAGGCCCCUGACUCGGGCAGCACGGACAGCCUGCCUGAGAAGCCCAUGGAAAUCACGCCCUCUGCUGGCUUCGGAGGGAACCUGGAGCCCGGAGCCCGUGCUGGGGGGGCCAGCAGCCCUUCCCCUGUGGUGUUCACCGUGGGCUCGCCCCCGAGUGGGGCCACACCGCCCCAGGGCCACCGCACCAGGAUGUUCUCAGUGGGCUCCUCCAGCUCCCUCAGCUCUGCUGGCUCCGCCUCUGCCCGCCACCUGGUGCCCGGAGCCUGCAGUGAGGUGGCCCCCGAGGCCCUAGCCCCUGGCCACUGCUGCAGCUUUGCUGACCCCGUCACCGCCAACCUGGAGGGGGUCGUGACCUUCGAGGCUCCUGACCUCCCUGAGGAGACGCUCAUGGAGCAAGAGCACACGGAAAUCUUGCACAGCCUGCGUUUCACGCUCAUCUUUGUCCAGCACGUCCUGGAGAUCGCUGCCCUGAAGGGCAGUGCCAGUGAGACGGCUGCGGGCCCCGAGUACCAGUUGCAGGAGAGCGUGGUAGCCGACCAGAUCAGCCUGCUGAGCCGCGAGUGGGGCUUCGCAGAGCAGCUGGUGCUUCACCUGAAGGUGGCCGAGUUGCUGUCCUCCGGCCUGCAGACCGCCAUCGAGCAGAUCCGGGCUGGCAAGCUCUGCCUGUCAUCCACCGUGAAGCAGGUGGUCCGCAAGCUGAACGAGCUGUACAAGGCCAGUGUGGUCUCCUGCCAAGGCCUGAGCCUGCGGCUACAGCGGUUCUUCCUGGACAAGCAGCGGCUCCUGGACCGCAUCCAGAGUGUCACCGCUGAGAAACUUAUCUUCAGCCAUGCUGUGCAGACGGUGCAGUCGGCUGCCCUGGACGAGAUGUUCCACCGUCGGGAGGACUGUGUCCAGCGCUACCACAAGGCCCUGCUGCUCAUGGAGGGGCUACAGCAGCUCCUCACAGACCAGGCGGACGUGGAGAACAUCGCCAAGUGCAAGCUGUGCAUCGAGCGGAGACUCUCAGCCCUGCUGACCGGCAUCUGUGCCUGACCUCCCGGGAGCCCGGCCCGCCAUGCCCAGGGGCUGGACCUUUUCUGCUGAUCCCAUGGCUGGGGGACAAGCCUGCGGCCUGGGAAAGGACCGCGUCCACACCCUGUAUCCACAGCCAGGUCUCCAGCCGCAUCUCCGUUUCCGGGCUCUGGCUGGCACUGAGCUUCAGGGCCCUGGAGGGCCUGCACAGAAUCUCAACCCAGGCCAGUCCCCCGGCUGCCUCAAUGGCAGGUGGGGACGUGUGGGUGUCCCCCGACCCCUGCCAGACCAGCGUAGCCCUGCUGAUGACAAGCAGGGACCCACUCAAGCCAAAGCCACCAGACCUGCCCAGGGGCCCCGCCCAGAAAAAGGUGCGGGCUCGUGGCCCCCUCUCCUUCCCUGAGAGCACCACCCAGCUUUGUGAAUCACCGAGCACUUUAUGCAGGUGGACCGGCACCGGACUGCCCGCUCAGCCCCGGCCGUGGCACACAUCCAUAUACAUAUAUACAGAUACACAGAUACACAGAUAUGCAGAGCCGUGCGCCUGAGGCUGAGCCUGCUGCCCUGGACCUGGCCCCCAGGAGGCACAGCGUCUUAUUUAAAUGUUCUUUUAGGGACGCACGGUAUGAAGCACCGAGCUUUCUAAACCCAGAACAGACAUGGCAGUCUUUCACACUUUACUCCUAAAAUGUGUCUUACUUUCUGCAGCUCUUUUUUCUUUUUUAAGAAGAAAACUCGUAGGUGUUUAAGACGUUUUGUUUUGCGAGGGUGGGGGAGGGGAGGGCCCAGCUUCGCGUUAGGGAGGAUGCUGAGACAGGAAGCCAGGCACACCGUGUGUGGCUGGCUGUCCUCCUGUCCCGCCUGUUAGGGCAGCCAGACCCCUGAGGAUGGGUAGGUGAAGGGGGAGUGUUUUGUACAAAAACCUCCCCUUCCAGCUUUCACAGUAGGUUUUCAUGUCACAUCCCUGCCCCAGGUCCUGGCUGCCAGCAGGGGGGUCAGAGGGAGGCCCACCGUCAGGGUUCCAGGGGGCCUUUCCUGUCUGCCCAGGUCUGCCCAGCCCACCAGAAUGUACCCCCAAGAGUGCAGAGGAAGCCUGGGCGAGUCCAGGCACCCGGCCAGGGCAGUAAGGUCUAUUCCAUAGACCCAGACAGAUGCACACGUGUUUCUUUCUCUGCAAUACUUGAAAUAUUGCCCUGUGCUUGGACUUAGACGGAGAAGCCCUGUGACUUUCUUUCCUCGUCACCCGGUAACUCUAUUUGUUCCUUGCUGCAUGGAACGUGUUCCUAUUUAUUGCUUUAUGGUCGGCUGGCUCCAUGGGAGGGACCUCAAGCAGCUGCCCAGUCCCUCAGUGGCAGCCGAGUGUGCCCCCUGUGCGAGCUUGGGGCCCUGGCCUGCUGGGACGUGCUGCCAGCCGGUCCUGCUCCAUGAGGCAGCACUCGACCCCUCAUCGACUUUAAAAGCAAUUUUGUGUGACCCUCCCAGUUGUGUUAAAUUGUGUAAUACACGUUUAAGGAAAUAAAUCUCUGGAAUUGUU